AUCGUACAAUAUCCCAUCAACGAAUCUUGAAGAGAUUGGUUCAAGCAACUGGGCUGCAAAAUUAGAAGACCUGAAACUUGAGGUGAUUGAAUUCUGGUUUGAGGUCCAAGAGGAAGGCCCAACCAUGGUUUUGAUUAUAGGGAUAGUGAGUACAAGAGUUAGUGUGUUAGUAAGCCAUAUUGAAGGAUUGAAGACAAACAAAAGCCUCAACGAAAGACCUGGUGUUCCUAUUGUAGAAAAGGAAACCAUAAC